AGAUGAAGGAAAGGAAAUCAAGGCAUCCAGAAACUUCGUUUUCUGUAGCCCUUUUAUUAAAAAGAAAACUUCACAAGUUUUUAUCUGAUUUUCCACUUCUAUCUAUUUCUUGCUCCUUACCCACAGUCAAGCUUGUCUCCAAACCCUAGCCCCCCAACCCUCGCUACCUCUCUCUCUCUCUCUCUCACUCUCUCUGAUCUCCAUAGAUCUCAUAACCCUAGCUUUCAUGGGUUCCAGAAAGGGCAGUGAUAACGAUGGCGCUAGCCCAGGGAAAAUCUUUAUUGGAGGCUUAGCUAAGGACACAACUCUAGAUACGUUUACUAAGUACUUUGAAAAGUAUGGGGAGAUAACAGAUUUUGUGAUAAUGAAAGAUCGGCAUACGGGUCGGCCCCGUGGUUUCGGGUUCAUUACCUUCGCGGAUCCUUCUGUUGUGGACACUGUUAUGCAAGAAGAUCAUGUUAUUAAUGGCAAACAAGUUGAGAUUAAAAGAACCAUUCCAAAAGGUUCUUCACAGUCAAAUGACUUCAAGACAAAGAAAAUAUUUGUUGGUGGGAUUCCAACAUCUGUUACUGAAGAUGAGUUCAAGAAUUUCUUCUCGAAGUAUGGAAAAGUGGUGGAACAUGAGAUAAUACGUGACCAUGCAACCAAACGCUCUCGGGGUUUUGGGUUUAUCGUGUUUGACAGUGAAAAAGUUGUUGACAACAUGCUGGCCAAUGGAAACAUGAUAGAUAUGGAGGGUACUCAGGUUGAAAUCAAGAAGGCUGAACCAAAGAAAGCCUCAAACCCAGCACCUGGACCUGCAUAUGGUAGUGAAUCUAGGGCACGUUCAUACAAUGAUGGUUAUGGUGGAUUUGGUGAUUAUGGUGGUUUUGGUAGUGGUGGUGGUUUUGGUGCUGCUCCUUAUAGGUCUUUUGGAGGUUUUGGCAGUAGAUUUGGUGAUUAUGGUGGAUAUGGUGGUGGUGGUGCUGAUUUUGGUGGUAGUUAUGCGGGGUUUGGCGGUGGUGCUGGUGCUUUUUCUGGUUAUCGCGGGGAGUCAUCUUUUGGUUAUUCUAGCCGAUUCGGUUCCUAUGCUGGUGGGCUUAGUGGGAGUGGUUUAGGUGCAUAUGGACGUGGAGGCGGAGGCUAUGGAAGUUAUGGUGGUUCAGGCUCAAGUGGUAGUUAUGAUUCAGGCCCGGGUGCUGGUUUUGGUGGACCAGGUGGAAUAUAUGGUAGUAGAACUGGGUAUGGAGGCAGUAGUCGCUAUCAUCCUUACGCAAGGUAGCAGAUGCUGUUAUGUGGUUCUGUAGCUACACAGGUAAGAGAACUACUCAUUUAAGUUUCUAGUAUUCUGUUGAACCAUACAGCAUUUCAGCAUAGAAGGCUUGAAAUGCUUGUAGAUAUCAAUUAGGGAGAUAGCUCUUAAUAGUGUGGGUAUAUAUCUUGUGGAUGCUUAACCCUCGUGCAUCUGAAAAUUUUAGAGGAAGUCACUUGCAUGGUGUAGGUCAAGAGUUUGGCAAUGCUUGUUGAGCAGCUCCAACAAUUUUUUAAACCAUAAAUUGUAAAGCAGGGCGAGAUUGAACAGAAUGGCUGUGGCUGUUCCCAGUUUGCUUGUGCUAACCUAAGGUGGUAGAUUUGCUUUGCCACUCUGGCUUUGUUGCAAGGAUAUCUUGUUCUUGCAGAUUUGAUGGUUUUAUUUUUAUUUUUAUGAUAAGUGAGGAUAUAAGAUCGACCAAGUUGUGUAUGGCCUCGAUGCCUAGUUGAAAUUAUGUGGCCCUAACGAGGCUUCUAUUUCUUGUUUCUCUUUUCAAGGAAAAGUGUUAUCUAAGAUCCGGUGCUCAGAGUUUUGAUCUCAAGUUAAACCAAGGGUCCUGGCAUUGGGAUCAGGAAGGAAGUCAAAUGGUUGUUAGAUUAAAGCAUGUUAAUCUUAAUCGGACAAAUAUUUUCUUGAUUUUGUUUAGUGUUAGAAUUUGCAUUUUCUUUAAGCAUGAUACAAUUUUGGGUGAGGGAGGUUAAAUGAAGGUAGGGAAAUGCUGUGCAGUGCACUACUUAAAAAUUGUACAAUAAUUUCCUUUGUAAACGAUAACAUCCUGUUCCAUCCUGUCCAAGCAUAUGGUUUCGCUCAACUGUAGUCAACUUGUUAUCAUACUGAUGAAAUUGUAUAUCUUUUUGAAUC